GUUUUCCCAAAAUUUUUAUUUCGCAGUCGGAAUAACAUUGAAGCAUCAACGCACUUUAGCGUUUAGAAAACACUCUACUUUUGACAUUUACAAGGGAAUAAUACACCAGUCACUUGCAGCAUACAAUCAUUUGAUAUUGCUGCAGAUUUUAAAGCAAUUUAUAGCGAAAUCAUUUGGAAACGAGCGAAUAUAGAGACGAAGAAAGCAUCGUCAUCGCCUCAGAAAAGAAAGGACCUCAGCUAACAAUUUUUGGCGGGCUCCCAUCUCAAACAACCUUGAAAAUUAUCAUUAAACCACUCGUUCUACAAACAUUUCAAAGGAGUACGAAAUUAAACGCUAGAAAUCAUGUUUUCGAGUCUGACUAGCUACAUUUGGGGACAAACGGAUGACCAAGUCGUCCCCGACUGCCCUGUAGACGUGGAGGAUAACCGAACCGAAGAGGGAUGGAUAAUGGUGGAUUUGGGCUCGGUGGUAAAUCCGAAAGACGUAAAGAAACACGAGAAAGCAGAGAAUGCAGUUCCAGAUAGCGUCGAGGAAAGCUGGUAUGUCACCCCGCCAUCUUGUUUUGAGUCCAGAGAUAAUUUCUCUGGUGUUUUGGAAUCGAACCCGAUGGAAGAUUUGCUGAUUGAACACCCGAGUAUGUCGGUGUACGGGCCGCGUAGAUCCGCAGAUGCGAGCGCAGGUUCCUCGUCUAGAUCUGCUAGUCAGGCUGCAGAGGAAAAUCAAGAACUCGAGAAAAAGCCUCCCCGCAGGACUGUGCAGUUUCAGGAAAAACUUGAGCUGAUCGCGCAAAAGCGAAAAGUCGAGGCGCCGCAACACGGAACGAUACGACCCAACAAGAAAAAUAUAAAAAAGCAAAAUCUAGUUCAGUUCCAACACUCCCGCACCAGGAGAACGAAAAAGCGAGACAGAAUGGUAGGAAAGCACAUAGGUGUGCAUGGAAAGAGAGGUUCCUAGGGGUCGGCAUAAGUCGGUGAAUUUGCGCGGGAGGUUUGUGUUUUGUUUUGAUCUAGGGUACAAGGUCCAGCGAAAGGUGUUCUAUUAUAUUUAUAUCCAGCAGUUAGAAAUCAGUCUUCUAAAUUCUGUACAUAGCCAAGCCACCUGGAUUAUACCAGGUUCUGGUGAAAUGAUUUUAAUAAAAUUCUUGUGAAAUCAGACGCGAAAAAAAAAGAGUAUAUUUCUGAUUGGUAGGUAGGUAUCGUGUUAUGAAUGAUAAUUCACAAGUGACAAUUCAUUUUUGUCCAUUGUGAAAAGUAAUUUAUUGAAAUUAUAUGUAAACGCGUCGGAUUUUUAUCUAUUACAUCUAACUGUGUACUUUCCUUCUAGUUUUAUUUUUAUAAUGAUGUAGGCGAACUAACAAAAUAAGGAAAACACAAAAAAAUAUGUGAAUGUAAAAUGUUUUAGUAUGGCUAAGCGAGAGUGUAGAGUUUUUGAAGAUGUCGUGUAUUAAGACAAUAAAAUAUGCGACCGUAUUCUCAAA